AUGGAUCGGCUGAGUAACAUGCUGGGAGACCGACCGCUGAAGAGCAUCUUCGCGGCGCUCGGUCUCCCGGAUAAGAUCGGCGGCGCGGUGAUCGACGCUCUCUGCUCUCGGGGAGCCCGCCUGUGGAACGUCGAGGAGGAGGCCGACAAGCUGCGGCGCACCAAGGAGCGCAUCCGCGCCGUGCUCGAGGACGCCGAGCAGCGCCGCUUCGUGGACCACGACUCCGUCAGGCUCUGGCUCCGGGAGCUCAGGGCCGCCGCCUUCGACGUCGACGCCCUGCUCGACCGUCUGGGCACCGUCACGGCCGUGUCCAGGCUAGCGGCCGCCGAGCAGUCGCGGAAGCGGAAGCGGCUCUGGCCCAGCGUCGAGCUCGGCCCGCGGCAGCGGUGGGAGCUGGAUGACAAGAUCGCCCAGAUCAACGAACGCCUCGACGAGAUCAACAGGGGCAGGAAAAGGUACAGGUUGCAGGCCGGGGACGGGAGGAGGACGACGGCUCAACCGAUGCAGCGCCCACGGUUCCUUGAAUCUGCCGCGCAUCGCGACGAGAGGCCCAUUGGCCGCAACGAAGAGAUGGAGAAGAUUGUCCGUGCUCUGUUUUCUGACAGUACAGAAAUGGGGGUGAUUUCCAUCUGGGGAACGGCAGGCAUUGGGAAGACAGCACUGGCACAGUCGGUUUGCAAAGAUCCUCAGGUACAAAACUUCUUCACUGAUAAGAUCUGGGUUUGGUUACCAGAUAGGUGUGAUGUCAGGAAGGCCACCAAAAUGAUCAUCGAAGCUGUGACCAGUAAAAAAUGUGAGCUUCUAAGCUUGGACAUAUUGCAGCAACGGCUGCACGACCACCUACAUAAAAAGCACUUUUUACUGGUGAUUGAUAACCUUUGGGCAGAGGGCUUUCAGUUCUGGGAAUUUAUGAGGCCCUCAUUGACUGGUGGAGCGGACGGAAGCAAGGUUCUGAUCACUACUCAACACGAAAGGGUGUCUAGGAUGAGUUCCACCAUUCUAAACAUCCAUUUAGAGCGUAUGGAAGAUGAAGAAUGCUGGCAAAUCCUCAAACUCUAUGCGUUCUUGGGGUGGAGCAGCAGAGAUCAGCAUGAUCUGGAAUCCAUUGGGCGGAGGAUUGCCACCAACUGCCAAGGCUCCCCGUUGGCUGCUAAAUCUCUUGGUGUGCUAUUGUCCGACACUCAUGGAGACAGAGAACAGUGGGAAAGCAUACUAGGUGAAAUGCAGAUUCUUGAAGAUGACAAAAACACAAACAACAUAUUACCAAGUUUGCAGAUAAGUUAUCAGCACUUGUCAUAUCAUCUCAAACAAUGUUUUGCCUUCUGUUCAAUACUUCCUCCUGGUGUUGAGUUUGAGAAGGAUGAGCUGGUUAGACUCUGGAUAGCUGACGGUCUUGUUAAGAGUAAUGGAAGGAAAAGGGUUGAGAUGGAAGCAGGAAGAUGCUUUAAUGAGCUUCUAUGGAGGUCAUUCUUUGAAAUUUCACACAACUUCCCUAAUCAAAAGUUUAGAGUGCCAAGUUUGAUGCUUGAACUAGCACAACUUGUCUCUAAACAUGAAUCUCUGACUCUCAGCCCUGACAGUUCACCGGUAGCUGAAGCUGACCAUCCUGAGUGGAUUCGUUAUACAACUAUAUUGUGCCCAAAAGAUGAGCCUCUUGCAUUUGACAAGAUUUAUCAUUAUGAAAAUUCGAGGCUCUUGAAACUAUGUCCCACAAUGAAACUACCCUUGAAUCAGGUACCAUCGGCACUUUUCUCGAAGUUAACUUGUCUGCGUGCACUAGACCUGAGUUACACUGAGCUAGACUUCCUGCCAGAUUCUGUUGGGUUCUGUCUACACCUCAGAUACCUCAAUCUUCGGAAUACUCUGAUAAAGACUCUUCCAAAAACUGUCUGCAACCUAUUCAAUUUGCAGACACUUGACCUCAGGGACUGUUAUUGGCUCAUGGAUUUGCCUGCAGACAUGAGCCGCUUAGUUAACUUGCGGCACCUUAGUUUACAUAUUGAUUGGGAUAGAGUUACUGCUUUUAGAUCAAUGCCAAGUGGCAUUGACCGGUUACAGUCACUUCAAACUCUUUCCAGAUUUAUUGUGGUCUCCAAGGAUGGAGGCAAGUGCAACAUUAAUGAGUUGAAGAAUUUGAAGAUCCGUGGAGAGCUUUGUCUUCUUAAUUUGGAAGCUGCCACCAAUGACGGUGUCAUGGAAGCUAAUUUGCGCGGGAAGGAGUAUUUGCGCGAACUGAUGCUGAAAUGGAGUGAGGACACCUGCAAGGAUGAGCAGCAGCAGGGCAUAGAGAACAGUGAGACUGUCAUUGAGGCACUCUGUCCACAUACCAGCCUCAAGCAUCUUCGGAUAGAAAAUUACCCUGGAAGGCGAUUUCCUUCUUGCUUCGAGAACCUCUCAUCUCUGGAAUCCCUGGAGAUAAUUUCUUGCCCCAGGCUCACUCAAUUUUCCGUGAAGAUGAUGCAGUCUCUCAGGAACUUAAAGAUACGUCAAUGUGCUGAUCUUGCAGUUCUCCCCAGAGGCCUGUGCAACCUAGAAUCCCUUCAUUGUCUGGAAGCCGAUGGCGCUCCAAAUCUGAGAAUAAGUGCAGUGGACAUAUUGCCAAGAAACAUCUCACAAUUGGUUGUUAGUGGUUGCGAUGCACUAGAGAGAUGGUGCGUGGAAGAAGGCGCAGAGAGAGUGCAGCAAAUUCCUGAUGUUAGGAUUCAAUUUAAUAAUUGA